AAACUUGCCUAUGCGGCAUAUUUCAGAGAAAUUUGUCGUCUUUUCAUAACAUCGUACUGUUUAAGCUUAGCAGACUUACUGAUCAUUGUCAUUCUUCAUUCGUGAGUUGAAUUUGAAACAGUGAACUUGUGAACUUCUUCUCGAAAUAGGUACUCGAAGUUUUUAGUGCUCUUAUAAAGAAGUGAUUCGUGGUGGAAAUUUUAAGGGCGUAUUUGUAUAAAAUCAUUUGGUACCUACCUUAUAUCAUUUGAUCGAGAUGGAUUCUCAACGAGAUGCGAAAAAAUUUACGGACCGUACGGACGCGUUCAUAAGUUAUCGUCGAUCUGACGGAUCUCACUUGGCAAGUUUACUGAAAACACACUUGAAAUACAAUAAUUUCGAAGCAUUUCUGGAUGUGAGAAAUUUGGGAGCAGGAAGAUUCGAUGAAAGUCUCCUAAGAAAUAUUGAAGAAACACGAAAUUUCGUGCUGGUAUUGACGCCAAAUGCUUUAGAUCGAUGCAUCGGUGACGAUGAUUGCGAAGAUUGGCUUCACAAAGAGAUAGUAGCUGCGCUGAACUCGAAUUGCAAGAUUAUCCCCAUAUUUGAUAGCGAAUUCAAAUGGCCCCAUGAGGGUGAUUUGCCAGCAGAUAUGCGAGGAAUUUGUCUCUACAACGGAUUGAGAUGGGAUCACGAAAAUCAAGAAGCUGUGAUAGAUAAACUGAUCAGAUUCCUGAAAGGAGAAGCACCUGAAUUAGAUGCAGCUGCUAAAUUGUAUGUGGAAAGUGAUCAGUAUGCAGCAGGCGUUCUAGUAUUCAACCGAUUUCUGAAGACCCUGUGUAAAGAUAUUCUUGAAGAAUAUGUUCAAAAAAAAGUUUUUAAGUGAACUAUCGACGAAUAAAAUACUUAUGUAUUCUUUGCAUUUUUCAAAAUGUAUUCUGAUUGAUUGAAAAAGAUUAAAUUUUUUUAAAAAAUU